AAAGUUCUUGUGAGACAACAACAAAACAAAAAUGUUGCAUAAAUCAUCAUUUCAUUUUAUUGUUUUUAUUAUCGUCGUCGUUAAUAUUUGUGAAUCGAUGGCAAGCAAAUCAUCGAAAUUCUCAUCACCAUCAUCAUCAUCAUCAUGUAACAAAACCGAAACUGAUCAAUGUGCAUUGAAUCUCAUACCAUUAACAAAUGAAUCAAUAUUACGGAAUCCACCAAAAACAUUAACGGAAAUCAAUCAUAUAUGUCAAAAUUUCAUGUUUCCAAUGGAAGGUUGUAUGCGUAGAUAUGCAAUGAAAUGUAUGACAAAAUCCGCACGACAACCAUUAUUAGUAAUGCUAUAUUCGGUGACAAAAUUGAAUAAAAAAAUUUGUUCAAUACGAAAACGUAAACAAAAUUUUCUAACAUUAAUUGAUUGUGUUUACAACAAUUUGGAUUUCUACUCUCAGCUGAUGUUUAAUUUAACACGUCAAAUGUAUGCAAUUUCCCGUGAUCAUCGUGAUAAACUUAAAUUUCCAAUGAUUUGUUGCUACGCUCAUCGACAAAACGAAUGGGUCAAAGUGCAAUUAUUGAAAGAUUGUCCGAACAACACAAGAGCUCACGAAGAAUUAAAUAAUUGGCUUGACAGUUAUACUGGUGAUUUAUUAAAUUUAUUUUGUGGUGAUUAUACUGAAGAUUCGGACAAAUGCGAUUCAUUACAAAUACCAAAAUGGUCAUCACGUGAUAAUGAAACAUUGCCAUGGAAAAGUUUCUUAAUGGUUUUGGUGGAUUUAUUAAAUGAUUUAAAAUGAGCCACACUCAUUACGAAAGAAACCUAUUGCCAGUGUACUUUUAAAACACUCAUUCACCACCACCACCAAAUCGAUUAAAUGUAAUUUCUCUGAAUGACAGACCAAAUGACGAAAAAUAAAAAAAAAUUCCAAGAAUUUUAAGUAAAAAUAAUUCAUCAACGACAAUGAAUCAAAAAA